CCCAAUCCCCCGCAUGCCCCCAACUCACCUAAUUAUCCACCUUCUUCCUCCAGCGUGCGGACUGUGGUUCGGCUGGCCUUUGGAUUCUUCGAGCACUUGGAGCAGAGAACCUCCGGACACCAGCCACAAUCUGAGGCUCGCAUCGAUCCUCGGAUUUGAUUUGUUGACCUUCCUAGAAGGAAAAUCGGGUGGGUUUUGAGAUGGCUGGAGUAUUCGCCUCCAUGGCUAUCGAAUGGGCGAUCGACAAGCUCUAUUCCUUGCUGCCAGCAUGUCUGGUAUCAACACCUGCAUCGUCAUCGUCUUCCGCAGCGCCAGCUGAAAGCGAGGACCUUGAGGUUCUGAAGAGGCUUGAGAGAACAAUGCACAGGAUCCAUGCGACACUGCACGAUGCAGAGGAACAGUGGAACAUCAGGGAGGAAACAGCCAAGCUGCGGCUCAAGGAACUGAAGAAGGUGGCCUACGACGCGGAGGACGUGGUGGAUGAGUACGGGUACGAGAUGACACGCCAUAAAGUGGAGGCAUUUGAGCAAUCUGCAAGGGCUAAUCGCAGCGGCAAGCGCAGGCGCGAAGAGGUAAAAUUUUCAUCACUGCAUAAUCUAUGCCAACAAAAAUUCUAUCAGAUAUUUAUAUAUGAUGUUUGGACCAUGUUUAUGCAUGAUAUGUUUGUUGGAAUUAAUGAAUGGGCCUUAGCCCACUCGAAGAUUAAUUCUUUGGAAAAUCACAAAAGCCCACCUCAUGGGAUGGCAUGCAUAUUUAACAGAAAUUUCUCCAGAAGUAAGGAGAUUCAGUUUUCCUGA